GUUUGACCAGCUGCAGAAAGCUUGCUUAACGUGAUGUCCAUCGCAGAGAACUUGAGAUUUUGUUUCAAGCGACUACAAAAUAAAAUCAAAAUAUAUUUUGUUCUCCUUCUAACUUUACAUAGCUGCAUUUUGUUUUCUAUUUUGGGAAUAAAAUUGUGAAAAAAAAAAGUUAAUCAUUCCAGAUAUUUUCCAUAUUACGUUUAUUACAUCUUUCACGACCUUCACCUUUUUUCAAUGUGCAGAAGUCAAAGAUUCCUAAAGCUUCAGCUUGUUUUACUGAUGUUCUUCUUCGCGGCUGUUGUUAUCCUAAAGAUGAUACCAUCCGAUGCUGUACUUAGCAAGGUCAAUUCAUACCAGUGUGAGGGACUUGACCUUUUAGACCAGGCCUCCCGCUUUCACAGCAAAGUCCUGUCAACUCAUGAUUCAUACAACACGACCUUAACUAAGAGACUUCAAGGUAGUACUGAAACAGUGAUCAUAAAACAUUACCUUCAUAACAUAACGAGAGCUCACAACAACAAAUUAUUUCAAGUGAUCCAAGAUGAUCAUAUUCAUGAGUCGAAUUGGACUAAUUAUAAGCACAAUUUUGAGGCUAAAAAUGAGUUAAAUUAUACAUUCCUGAUUACUGGUGAGGAUAUAUGCACGAACGAUGCACCCCAUUUAUUGAUUAUUAUUCCUUCAGUGGUCAACGACGUAGGUCGCAGAGAUCUACUACGUAAAACCUGGCUAAGAGCUUCUGAAACAAACUCAUGGCCAAGAAAAAGAAUCCAGCACAAAGUAAAGCAUAUUUUUCUUUUCGGUCAUCGUAGCAAAAGACUGGAAUCAGAUUGGCAAUUACUUUCUAGAGAAUCUCUUUUGAACAACGAUAUAAUAAUGGCUGACUUUGAAGACACUUAUAGAAAUUUAACUGUUAAAAUACUAGUAGGUUUAAAGUGGACAUUAAAAUAUUGUAACAAAGUUCAAUAUGUCUUAAAAGUCGACAUGGAUACGUUCAUCAAUGUCCCUAUAAUGAUGAACCUUUUACAAUAUGUUCAAAAUAAUACAUCGUCUGCUACAUUUGUUAUAGGACUUCUUCAUAGUUAUAAAAAACCUUUAGUGGUUCGAAAAGAAAGUCGGUGGAAGGUCAGUGAGAAUGAAUAUCCUUUGCCUUUUUAUCCUAGAUAUCUUUAUGGACAUACAUAUGGCAUCAGUAGAACUGGUAUCGAUACGUUGGUACAUAUGUCUGAGAAAAUAAGCCUUAUCGCCCCAGAAGAUGCUUUCAUUACGGGAAUAUUACCAAAAUUGGCGGGAGUGCUUCGACUGACUGCACCCAGUUUCACCGCGUGCUGUAAAAAACUUGAGGAUUGUCAAAUUGUGUGGGAUAAUAAAGUGUCCGCAACGCAAAUCAAGACAAAUGAAAGAUUUGAGAUGCUGUGGUCUAAUAUUGUCAUGAACUCGUGUGAACACAAAGAUAUAUAACAAGUGUAAUAUAUUAUAUUAGGUACCAAUAACAAUGAAAGUGCGUUUACUGAAUUAGUUCCUUUGUUAGUCCGUUGUUUGCAUUAAUUUGUUUGUUUUUAUUAUUUGGACAACGUUUAUUUAAAAAAGUCAAUUAUUCUUUAAUUUCUACAUACGAAACUAUUCAAUAUGAACCAAGUUACAUAUAAACUCUAAAAGCAUAUUGAAAGAGACAAAAAAGGACUUUGAAGAUAAGUAUCACAUAGUUUAGUUAUGUGACAUGAUCUUGAAAGGUCAUCGACUUUUUUUUUUAAAGUUCCAUUUAUACUUUUGCCAGCGAUUGACUUUCAAUUUUGGAUUGAAUGUUGCUACACGUAAAAAUAUAUAUGUCAGUCGCAUUUACUUAGCCCACUUUUUUUGUUUGUUAAAUAAGUAUGCCAUUUUUUUUUCAGAUUUGUUCUAGAAAUAAAAAUACAUUUCAGACUACUAAACAUUCACUAAACCUUUUCUGACCAAUAAACAUUUCCGACCGCUAAACAUUUCAGACUACUAAACAUUCACUAAACCUUUUCUGACCAAUAAACAUUUCCGACCGCUAAACAUUUCAGACUACUAAACAUUCACUAAACCUUUUCUGACCAAUAAACAUUUCUGACCACUAAACAUUUCCGACUACUUAACAUUCACUAAACCUUUUCUGACCAAUAAACAUUUCUGACCACUAAACAUUUCAGACUACUAAACAUUCACUAAACCUUUUCUGACCAAUAAACAUUUCUGACCACUAAACAUUUCCGACUACUUAACAUUCCAGUCUACAAAACAUUCACCAAACUUUUUCCGACCACUAAACAUUUCUGACCAUUAAACACUUAAAGAUAGUUACAACAACUGUUUUAUGUACUUCUUAGAUUUUAGUUGGUUAAAUCAGUUAUACCAUUAUACACUGACCACCGAUCCCCACCCCAAUUUUAUGUCUCUUUGUUUACUAACAGUGUAUAGAAGCUGUACUGUAUAAUAUUAAUGUAGUAGAUCCCUCCGACUUCUCUUAGUUAUACAGCGAACAGCACAACAAUAGAAUGGUCACCUUGUAAACAGAGCAACCGCCGGCCAAGGCAGCGCUGAUCCCACACACUGUGUUUGUGUUUAAUCUAACUGAGCAUUGCGUUCGAUAUAAUGAAUUUAAUCAAUUCGACAAAACUGUAUUUAGCUCAUUAGUAAACACUGUUUCUAUCUCCAUUGUACAUUAUUGAGUGAUAUUAUUCAAGUAUUAUUCAACUCUCUGUCAGCUUCCGCUGUACAUUAUAAAUAUCAUUGACAUGUUUACAUCUUAAAUGUCUUCUCAUGACAAUAAUUUCAAUUUCUCUAUCACUGCAUUGAUUGCCAUUUAUAUAUUAUUGCAUUAAUAGCCAUUUACAUUAAAUUGUAUUGCACUGCAAUUUCUGAAUCACUGCAUUGAUUUCCAUAUACAUUUAGGCCUUAGGCCUAAUUGUAUGCUAACAUUGCAAUUAAAAUUUCAAAGAUUGGCUUAUUUUAUUAAGACUAGUCGCCAUCAUUAACUUAGCUUAUUAUAUGCCUUGUUUAAUAUAUUGCUAUCCAAGACAAAUUUCCUUACGGACAAUAAAGAUUAUUUUAAUUAUGUUAGAAAUGAACGAGUGGUCAUUCUCUGGCGCUGCCAGUGUCGAGUUUCGUUAAAGAGAAACAAAAUUCAUCGUAGUCCCUUUAACAGUUUCCACUGAGGAAUUUUCUGGUGAUGUUGCAGCUCUGCAGCAGUACCGCCCUCUGACAGGCAACGAGGAUGUUCCUAGGAAUGUUAAGGGCCUUGAAGGUGUCUGUGAGGUCAGUUGUUAUUAUCCCAUCGGUUGAUAUAACAAUGGGGUAUAUUGUUAUUUUAGAUAACUUCCAUAAACGCUUAAUCUCCAAGCCUAGGUUCCCAUAUUUUCUUUGUUUUUCUAUCUCAGUUUUUUUUUUAAAUUAUGAGACAGUGGUACGGCGAUAUCGAUAAUGGUAGUGUUUUUUUCUUUUUUAUCGAUGAACAGCAGGUCCGGGCGAUUGAAAUCUACCGUUUUGUCGGUCAGAAUAGGCCUAUCCCAGUACAGCAGAUGUUCAGUAGACUCGAGAACCUCUUGUGGAGAGUAUUUAUAAUAAGGAGGAGUGUCCUUACCGAUCAAAUUGUACGUCAAAGCCAGCUGUUGGUGUAUUAACUUUGCAACUUGGUUAUGGCGACCCAGGUAGGCUGAUUCUGAUAGGGCUGGACAUCCUGCCAUAAUGUGUUCAAUCGACUCGCCCACAUUUCCACAUUUUCGGCAUUUGUCGACAACAUUGAGUUUCAGGAUAUGCUUCUCGUAAUUUUUUGUCCUGAUUACUCUGUCCUGUAUUGCUGUAACAAAGCCUUCUGUUUCAGGGUAGAGAUGACCUGCUUUGAGCCAUGUUAAGGAAGCAGCCUUGUCGAUGUUGUCCCCAUGUAAUAAAGCUGGAAAUUUUCCUUGGAGUGUUUUUCUUCCCAUUGGCGAAUCUCAUGCCCUACGUCGUCCAAACCGAGAUUGACAUCAGCAUUGUGUAGGUUCAGAGGGGUUGCUUGGAGUCAUAUUUGCGUAGAAUGGAAACUAUUUGAUUGCUGGAGGCGAGCAGUCUUGAUCGUAUUUUUAAAACUUGCAUCUUACACAAUUUGAAGAUGUUCUGCAAUCCACGACCCCAUCCUUCCUGGGCAGGUAUAACCUUAUGGUGGAGGACUUGGGGUGUAGGCAUCGAAAUUUGUUUAGUAAUUUUAUAGUGAGUCUGUCAAUGUCAUGUAGGUCGGUGUCAGUCCAUUUGAUCACACCGAACGUGUAAAGAAACAGCUGGGACGGCCCAGCUGUUUAUUGCAGUGAUGAGAUUACUGCCAGACAGUUUGGCGUUGAGGAUUUUAUUAACUCUUUGCUUAUAUUUUCUAAGAAAGUCCUCUUUUAAUUUCUUAUGGUUUAUCUUGGCAUUCUGGUUUAUUCCACGAUAUUUAUAAAGAGAGGCAGAGUUCAAUUCCUUGAUGCCCUCAAAUGCAAUGUUGGUGUUCGUUGCCUUGCCCUUUUUAAUGCUUAUGAUUCCACACUUAUCCAGGCUUAUUAAUAUUAUUAUUAUCUCCUAUGCUCUUAUUUUACCAUAUUCCUCAUUGGACUUUUUCUCCCACUCGACUUGCCCUUAUUCGGUAUUCCAACAUAUGGACAGUGUUUCACUAACUGAGGUCCGCGAACCCUCAGAGGUCCGUGAGAUGAACGAAAGGGGUCCCGCAGAAAGAUGAAAAUUGUAUACUAUUGCAAUUAAAAGACAGUUAAUCCAUCUCUACUGUUUGAUAUGUCUAUUACGUACUAUUCUAUGACGACCUAAAUCGAAGAUUUGAAGACAUUCUUCACUUGGUGUUGAACACUUUUGCACGUGAACAUACUCACUUCAAAUAUCCACAAACGAGGAACUCAAACCAAUGUUUAUUCAAGGAUACCACAAAUUCUGCAUUACGAAUCAAUGCUCUAGAAGUUCCCGCCUUCUUUUCUUUACAAAUAUAAGAAACCGACUUGAAAUGUGUGCUCUCUGAGCCAGGCGUCAAUACAUUCAUAAAAUUCUAUGAAUAUCAUUCAAAUAUUUUUUUUGAAUUUUGUUUUUUAACGAAAGUUAUAAUCUCAAUAAACACUCCUAAAACUAUUUUUUUCAUUUUAUUUUCAUUUAUGUAAUAUGCAAGUUUUUACUAAUAAAGGGGUCCCAGAGUGAAAAAAGAAAAAAAAAAAAAAAGUUUGAGAAUCUCUGGACUAGUAUACCUCAAGUCUUUCCUUGUUCCGUGUUCAUGGUCGACAAGUUAUGUCUUUUAGAUGUAACCUUUCAAGUUGUCUCCCGCACCCCACCCCAUGAGACCUCGUCAUGUGGGUUCUCAGCCUGUGGGUCGCGACCCCCUUGGGGGUCGAUUGACGAUUUGCCAGAGGUCGCCAAAGACAAUCGAAAAAGGUUAUUGUUUUUGUCUAUUCCUCUAUUGCUGUGUGUGGCAUGAACCCUAUCCUUUUGUUGGCACGUAGUGGGAGGCUACAUUAUGUGACGUGAAAUUUGCAUUCGUCCUCAAUACGUCAACGGAUGAUAAUAGAGCCGUUUAGUAUGACAAUAUUGAAGACGCCAGACUGAAAUAAAGGACAACUGCCAGGUGAGAAGCUGUGUAGGUUGUCUGGUCAGGAAAGGGUCGUUCCUGUUAGUGGAAGACAUUCCUGUUAGUGGAAGACAUUCCUGUUAGUGGAAGACAUUCCUGUUAGUUUAUGUAGCCGGGGGCAACGAGAAGGUAGAGAGUGGCACGUUCAGAGAUCACGUGUUAGUGGCAGGAUAGUGAACCCUGGAGGAACGUUAGGACAUAGGCGGCAACAGUGAACCUUGUAUGUUAGUGGAAGACAGUGGCGGCGACAGUGAACCCUACAGGCCAGAGCUAAAUGAACUCAUAGCCAAUAUAAACAUUAUUGUUUAUUAAAAUCAUUUCUCAUCUGUUGUCAAGAGAACAUCCCUCAUUUCUUCCCCUUAAUCCUCUGUUGAGUGUUUACCCUCGUUACAAUACUAGUAUAUAUAUAUAUAUAAGGCUUGUCUCCAAGUCCGAAUGUAGUAAUUUCUCGUGGCUAAUAUACAUCUAAAGUAAACUAAACCACUACAACAAUACAUUUUUUCAAAGACUUGAAUGUGCGUGAUAUCAGAGAAAUACGUGACCAACAGAGCAUAGUACUGUGCUAUAGAAAUUUUUUAAAGCCGAACAUUCAACGCUCUUUAUGCACCGGUACAAAAAAAAAGCAAGUAAAAUGAUAUUUUGACAGCGUGUGAAGGGCAUCUAUAGAAGUCUCUUUCAGUUUGGAUUAUAUGUUGUUGUUUUUUUCUUGUUCGAGUUAGAUGUGCCAGUCUACAGAUUGUUUGAUAAAACCAAGCAGAACAAAGUGUUACCACUCAUGCAACUCCAGUAGGUCUAUAAUAUUAAUAUUUGUCAUCUACCCCAUCUAUUAGCGAGCGUUCUAUGAUAUGUAUAUACACUGUACUGUACAGUCAAUAUUGAAUAAAGAAAAAUGCAAAUGUGGCUGUUUAACAUGAUUUUUCAGUGAUUUUUUAAAAAUAUUAGCGGCCCCCGAAAGGGGAAAAGAGGAAAGAGGAAAAGACGCUAUUAGUUUAGUGUGGAAUGUUUGUCCGUCUUUCCGUCCGUCCCGUUUAGAUCUCUUAAACUAGAAAAGAUAGUGAAAAUCCGACAUCAUAAUAUUUUAGACCAUUCAAAGUCCUGAUUCAACGGCUACUUUUUUUCUUUUCUGAAAGCGAAAAAUCUAAUUUUUAAAAUCACUUAUGCAAGCAGUUUUUUUCAUAAAAAUACACCACUCUUACAACUAUUCACUAUUAUUAGUGUACAGGAGGUUCUUUAGUAGGGGAGAUGACUAUCUUCCAUAUAUGUAACACAUUUAUGCAAACGGUUUUAGAAUUUUUGUCAAAAAUAUUUUUUUACAUUUGUAUUGCUAAGUUAAGUAAGUUCUGUUAUACUAACUACUACAUUUACACAAAAUAUGUUUACUGUUUUUUAAGAGAAAAAAUCUAUUUAGUAUGCAUAUAAAUUGGACAUAAUUUAAAACAACAAUUAAUAAGUAGUUUUUCAUAUUAUCACGUGAGCUGCAAUGGGACCAUAUGCCAAAGGCACACUGAACAAAAGGGAUUUUUUAAUUAUUUUUUUUUAAAGAAAUGUUUUUUUUCUUAAGGAAUAAGAGAUUGUCCUUUUUACAAAACAAUUACAGCAAUUAUACAUUCAUUAUAAGACAUUAGUUAGGCCAGGUUCACAUCUAACUUCACAUUCACUUUCACCUAACCUUUGGUCUGUGGAUCGCUGGGGCACCACACAAGAUCCGUCAGUCUUCUUUCUCCUUUCUUCUCUGUCAUUUGUCUUUGAUAGAAUUUCAUUCUGAUAUUCUUUCUGAAAAUAUUGAAACGUGCCUUUUUACCUGCCUGGGUGGACCACUUCGGGGGCCGAUUUUUAGUUAAACUAGACUAUUUAGGUUUUUUUUUGUUUCUACCUUGCUUAAAGAAACGAUAAACUUUCAAAUAAAAAUAAUAAUUACAAAAUAAGCGACUUAUUUUGUGGUCUACGCCUACACAAACGUUAGACCUAGUAAAAAUGGUAUCUCCAUAGCAGGGUACUUAGUAGACUUUAAUUCAUGUACCUUGUAACAAGAGGGACAAUAAGGGUAGCUACUUUUUUUUUCAAUAAGAGUUGGUCCCCCUUAAUACAUUAUUUAAGUCCCAGUUAACUGAAUACAAUUGCCACUUCCUCUUGAGCCUUUGAGCUGACCAGUGUACAUUAUUGUGAAGUAAAUCUCCAUAAUGUUUAUAUAAUAGUUUUGUUGUUAUGCUCUGAGUUUGUUACUCAAGAGGAGUGUGCCACUUUAUGGGAAUGCAUUUUUCAAUAACGAGCUAAGUAGACUUUAUUUAUUUGUUGUUAAUAAGUUGGUUUAUGUAAAUAUUAUGUCUACUUAGUCUCUUAUCCUUUCCUGUAUGUGUUUUUUUUUUUCUAUAAAGACCAGAUUUGGGUCGUAUAGUAUGUAAAAGACAAACUUUUGUCUUGAUACGAGACAGUAGUGUGUCUCAUGGAUGACGGUCAUUUGACUGUUAGGACCUGUAUUGUAAGCCAACGUUGUUGUUUUUUUUAGAUGAGACACUAAUGUGCCCCUGUGAUGACAGUUCUUUGAUUAUUUUGAACUGAACCUGUCCUACUAGUUUGAUUUUUUUUAUUUUUUUUACUUUCUUUUGUUGGCCUUUAUGUCCGUUUUCUUUGAAUGAUCUUUUUCUUUUGGUUCCUAAAUAAACUCUUUAUUAGCUGUAA